CAGCACUAGAUGUGGUGAUAUGUCGGUGUGACGGACUGUUGUCGGUCGGUGUGACCCGGGACCGGGGGAGAGCUCCUUCACGUCCGCGUCGCGAGCGCCGAGUCUCCGUUACGUAAUCAUACUCUACAAGAGAUAAACAACACCCGCCGUGUUUUAAUCUGAAACACAUUCUGACUGGAAACGGCUCGUCGGGACAGCGGAGGCUUUCACGGCCGCAUCCGUUAAAUGAGGUUAAACGCCCGUGUUUUUCCCAGGCGUCGAUAAACACGAGCAUGGCUCGCCUCGGAGGACUGCUGUCUCUCGUCGUGUUGUUGGGCUGCGUGACCGCCGAGCCGCGCGGGAAAACAGCUCCUGUGUUCCUGGAAAAGUGGGAUGCACUUAGUUUAAUUUCCCGUCAGAAGAGAAGCAACGCGGGAGAUGAAGAGACCAAACUCCCGGCCAGCCUCGAGAGGGAGUGUUUAGAGGAAGUUUGUGAUUACGAAGAAGCAAGAGAAGUCUUCCAGGAUAAUUAUCGCACCGAUAUCUUCUGGUCUGUCUACGUUGAUGGUGACCAGUGUGCUGAGCAGCCAUGCAAAAAUGGAGCCAUGUGUUCAGAUAGUGUCGGGGGCAUUUAUCAACCUGAUGCUAAAUGAUGUGUCUGUUGUUAUCUCUAUAUUUCGUCACAUCUAGAUCAAACGGUAUGUGUAGUCGAUAAGAGCAAAGGGUGCAGUCAGUUCUGUAAGCCGGGCUAUCAGUCGUACGAGUGCUCGUGUGCGUACGGCUGGAAACUGCAGCAGAGAGAGAAGUGCGUGCCGGCUGUGACAUUUCCUUGUGGAAAAGUGACAAGUUUGAGUCAGUGGGACAAACGUCAGUCAAGCAACAUACAGUCAGAAUAUCAAGGGCUCACCUGCGGCCAAGAAGAGUGCCCCUGGCAGGCGAUACUGCGACAGGGAUCGGUUGGUUUCUGCAGCGGGGUGAUCUUCAGAGACAACAUGGUUCUCACCACGGCCCAGUGCGCCAGGAGGCACGACAGCUUUCAGGUGGUGGCGGGUAAAAGGGUGACCUCACUGGAAACAGGAGAGCAGGUGCGUCAGGUGAAGCAGGUGCACAUCCACCCGCUGUAUGAUGAGGGCAGACCUGACAACGACCUGGCUGUAGUGGAGCUGAGGCAGAAGCUGGUCUUCAAGGAGAAAGUGCUUCCGGCCUGUCUGCCCGAGAGAGACUUCGCUGACAGCGUGCUCAUGUCGGGCGACUACAUGGGUGUCGUCACCGGCUGGAAGGAGGCAGCGGUUCUGGAGGGGAGCCUCGUGUUAAACCACCUGUCCUACGACAAGCUGGAGGUCUGCUCGCAGCGCCACUCUGGUCAGGUCACCAACAAAAUGGCGUGUACUGUGCCUCGGGCCAAGGCAGACUGCAUGCUGGGACAGGGCAGCCCGGUGCUCACGCUGUACAGAGAGGUGUUCUUCCUCACCGGGAUAGUCAGCCAGCCUCCGGAGAGCGACUGCAAGAACGGCUACGUCUUACAGAAAGUGUCCCGCUACCUGCCCUGGUUAAACACCUUCAUGAGCUGAACGCACGAACGUGCAAAACCUUAGUUAUUAUUAUUUAAGUUCCUGAGAUUUAUUGUCAGUCAUGUUUUUUGUGUCCCAAACCACUCCUUAAUUACUUAUAUAUAUGACACUUAUAUAUAUGUAUUACUAAUUGAUUACGAGUAUUGCAGACGGCAUGAAUAAAAACUAAACCCAUUUAGAGCUAGCUUUCUGUAGACAUUUUUAAGCUUGACUUUGGAAAUGAUUGCAGCAACAAAAACUUAACGUCUUGAGUAACCUUGACUAUGCAUUUUCUCAUAUACUGUAUUAUAUAAUGGUGUGGAUAUUAGACAAGUGACACCUGGACAUAAAUAAAAACAGUAUUAAAUAAGA